AUGAAAACUAUUGAGAAUUUUCAUUCAAAGGAAUUCUUUGAAAAAAGCAUAAAUGCAACUUACAUUGCACUAAUUCCAAAGAAGAAAGGAGCCAAGGAACUGAGGGACUUCAGACCUAUCAGCCUAAUUGGGAGUGUUUACAAAAUUAUUUCUAAGAUGUUAACAGAAAGGCUCAAGUCUGUAACGAACAAGCUAGUGGAUGAACAACAAAUGGCAUUUAUCAAAGGAAGACAGAUUGUAGAUGCAGCUCUAAUAGCAAAUGAAUGUGUGGAUUCUAGACAAAAGGGGCAAAAACCUGGAAUCCUAUCUAAACUUGAUUUAGAGAAGGCUUUUGAUCAUGUCAAUUGGAACUUUCUAAUCAAAAUAAUGAAGGACAUGGGAUUCGGGAGCAAAUGGCUGAAAUGGAUAUUGUUCUGCAUUAUAGCUCUGUCAGAUGACUCUCUGAUUUUGUGUGACGCUGAGGUUGAUCAACUGAGGCAUAUCAGAUUGAUCUUAACUGUGUUUGAAGCAACUUAUGGGCUCCAUGUCAAUUGGACGAAAAGUCAGCUCUUCCCCAUUAAUGUGGUGUCUCAUAUGCACAUAUUAGCUGGAACUCUGGCUUGUGAAAUUGGCAGCCUGCCAACUACCUACCUAGGUAUGACUUUGGGGGCUAAAAAAAAGCUUUGGAGAUAUGGGAUGCGAGUGGUGCUAGUAAACAGUGUGUUAGACUCUAUUCCAACAUAUGUGAUGUCUCUGUUCCCUUUACCAGCUAAGGUGGAAAAGAGAAUGGAUACUAUCAGAAGAAAUUUUAUCUGGCAAGGUAACAAGGAAACAAAAGCUUUUCACCUAGUGAAGUGGAAGAAUGUCAUCUCAAGCAAAGUUAAUGGUGGCUUGGGCAUUAGAAAUCUGAGACUACAUAAUAGAACCUUACUAUUUAAGUGGCUCUGGAGAUACAACCAUGAGCAGCAAGCUUUAUGGAGAAAAGUAAUAGAAGCAAAAUAUGGUCAAGACUCCCAAUGGUGCACCAAGAGAGUUACUUCCUCUUAUGGGAACACUGAGGUCAAGCUAGGAAAUGGUAGGAAGGCUGCUUUUUGGGAUGACAACUGGAUAGGACAUGGUCCUCUAAAAGACCAAUAUCCUGAUCUAUAUUUGUUAGCUUCAAAUCCUCAUGCCAAGGUGGAUGAAAUAAGGGGACAACAGGGCUGUAAAUUGAACUUUCGAAGCCGGCUGAAUGAUUGGGAAGUGGACAGAGUUGCUACAUUGAUAAACCAAAUUGACCAACUGCAAGGCCUCUCAGAUUGCGAGGACUCUUUGGUGUGGAAGGGUCAAGCACCGGAUAUUUCUCGGUGA